CCCAAGAUGCUACUCUCAUGGACUGCAGUAAAACAGAGCCUUGAAGAUGUUGGUUUUCAGGCCUUGGAUGUUUUCACGACGGGUAAAAGGGACGGCUUUCAGAGAACUGUCCUCCUCCUCCUGACCUGUAGCUUCUCCAGCCUCCUGCUCAGCGCCCUGCUCCUUCUCUACCUGCUCUUCCACCUGGACUAUGAGACAGCAGUGGCUGGAGGGAUUGCUGGCUGCUUUGGGACAUUACUCACCGUCGCCCUCUUCUUAUCAAAGAGGGUACGAUGCUUAGGGACCCUAUUUGUCAUCUCCAUUUUCAUGAAGAAGAGUCGCAACUUGCUGCUCACUGCUGGGACCAGCCUUGUUGUUCUUAAAAAUAUCGUUAACACCUUGGAGAACCUCACAGGCCUCCUCAGGAGUAUGAUCUGCAACCUGAAGGCGAAGAAAUCAGCCAUCAUCACUCCAUUCAGUAACUACGUCAAGAUGUUGAAGUGGAUAGGAAGCGUCCUUAAAGGGGUUACCGACCUGGGAGUGGUGAACGUUAACCCCCAGCUCAAGAUUUCACUCAAACUGGAAUCAGAAAAAUUCAGGGAGAAACUCAGUGAAGCAGAGCAGAGGCUGGACGAGAAUGUGAAAUAUGCACAGUCCCUUGUGAGUACGUUCUCCACUGUGACCAACAGGCUGUUUCCCGCCAUCAGCUUCCUCGUGCUCAUGACCUUCAUAGCCUUGCACAUAAAAAAGUACUGCAGUGACAUGAAAUACGAAAACAGGUUCAUCAGCAGCAAAUUUGUUCGUUUUGACGAGAAGCAGAGGAAGGAAGGAAAACCUCACAUCCUCCCCCUCACACCGGAGGAAGGGAAGCUGUACACCGCCAUCCCCUCCACCCGACCCACCGCCAGAGAGGGCAAAGUUGUACUGAAGUUCGGUGUUUCAGUUGUCGUUCAUUUUGUAGUUUGGGUUAUAUUUAUAACUGUGGACGCCUUAUUGUACUGCUUUGUGGAUAUUGUAACAACAAAAUUAGCAGAGCUGGAACCGUUUCAUGUCCCGUUGUUAAUGAGCAUCAAAGGGAUUUCGGCUGUAAUUGGUUUACCAUUCAGUGAGGAAAUCCAUCACAAAGACUUUUCCUACUCUGUGACCUUGUUUGAAAAGAAGUGCCUUCCUAAACCCAAGCUGCUCUUCUAUAACUCCAUAUUUCCAUUGGCCGUCAUCCUGGUCACCUUGGUCGUCAUGGCCCUGAUGGCGGCCAAAAUGUCCCAGCUGAGGCUGGUGGUCUGUGAGCGAUUCUUCUCCAGUGCUGCGGACGGGAGAGUGGAGUACCUGCAUGCCAAAAUCCUCCAGAAGAGAUUAAAAGGGAAGAAGAAUAAAAACACCUGCAGCCUCACAUCGUUGAUCGUUAAGCCACAUUUCUGGUGCCCGCUGCUCUUUCAACCCAAAGAGGAUCCACAAGUUAUCGUGUGAGGAAAUGAUUCUUUCUGCUAUGUGACUUUUUUAGCUACUAUUAGAGACUCUAGUAAUGGCACCGACGGUAUUCAGACCAACAGCUACUGGAUGCAUGAAGUUUUGUACCCUCAUGAUGACACUGACUUUUGUGAUACCCUGACUUUCCCCUUGUGCCACCAUGAGAUUGACAUUUUUGUUUUUUAGUGAUAUGUCUCAACAACUAUGGGACAGAUUGCCAUGGCAUAUGGUACAGGUCCCAUUCAUGGUGUGCAGCAAUGGAUCCUAAUCAUUUGGUGAUCAGCUGGCUUUUUUUCUACCUACACCAGUAGGUAAAGUUUUCACUCAUCCACAGUUGAGUUGUUGCCUAAAUUAUUAAUUGCCAUCUGGACUGGAUUAAGUUGAUAGUUCAGGUUAUUUGUGUGAGGUACUUACACAUAGUCAAUGCAUUACUUGCAGUAGAUUCGGAUCAGCGUCCUCUAGAGAAGCAGCUGAGAGUACCGGCAGAGAAGCUGAGAGCACGCUACAUUUUGAAUAUCUUCACCGCUUUAUUUUGCUGUCAAACAGCCCGUUCCUUGGGAACUACUUUUCUCAACCACUGAACUACUGUAUUCCUGUGCAGAAGUGUACCUACCUACUUACCUGCGGAGUAAUACAUGGUGCGCCAUAGGUGUGUCCAUAGGUGUGUCCACAGCAGUACAUCGCUCAUCUUGGGUGCCAACGCUCCCCACUGCUUCUCUAAACUUGGGAGGGCACCAAUCCGUAUCUACCGCAGGUAAUACACUGAGUAUGUAUAAGUACCUCACACAACCCCAAGUCGAAUAACCUGAACUCUCACUUUAACACUACAGAGGGAGGUCUGGAAUAAAAUACUCAUUGCGCUUCUUGUUAAUUUGACUCAUUGUUUCAGAUGGCAUUUUAAUAGUAACAUAACAUAAGAGGAUGUGGUUGGUAAUAGACACAGACAUUCUGCAGGACUAACCAAAAAGAGACAGCCACCACCUACAGCAGUACAUGUAUCUAACAUAACACCAGCUCACUGGAAGAGUUCUCAAUCUGUAAGAGGAAGUUUACUGUAAAACAGUGAGUUACUGUAAUUGUACUGUAUUUAUUACUGGGGUGGGGUGAAAAAUAACCCAGAUACACACUGGACUGAUUGAAAAUGACCAGCGUAGAUAAUCUAAAAAUCUUAAUUACUAAUUAAUGUUAUGGCUGACUGGUAGUGGGUGGGGUUUUCAUUUAACUCAUAGGCCCAUGCGUGUUAAGUGCUCAUACGAAGCAGAAGGACAGUUGGUGACUUUGAUGAGCAACAGUUGAACUAAGAGAGGCUACGCUCUCCUUGUCUCAGUCAUCUACCUGCAGAUUUGUUUUCUUUUUAGCCCAAACGCAAACAACAAAAAAUGGAUGAGAACAUCUGUGAUAAACACCACUCGGGCUGGACACUCAUGGAGCCUAUAAGUCUGAGAUAGCUCCACUGCCAGCCAGCUUUCACUUUCAUUAUCUCAUGUCAUUACUUUUUUUUCAAAUACACACAAGCACUCUUUGUGUUAGAGUUACAGCUUGGAUUGCCAGUCAUUCUCAUUACAAGUGAAAGGAUCGUUUACCCUGACUUUUCUGCUCUGAGGUUUACAUCAGUGGUUCAAAGUGAAAUGUCUCAACAACUAUUGCUGUUAAAUUUGGUCUUUCAAGAUGAAUUGUAAUAACUCGUGUUUCUUGGCCUUUGGUUUAGGAUCAAAUGCUAGACUCAUUUGUACUUUGUGUUCAGUGUUCAUUAGUGAAUGGUAGCAUAACAACACGCCUAACUAAGAUGGUGAACACGCUAAACAUUAUAGCUCGGCUGUGGACUCUCAAUGUUUUUGUACUACAUUCUCUUGUACACUGCAGUGAAUAUUUUUAAUUAUAAUUACAUGCUGCUCAAACACUGUGUCCCAUUGCUUGUCUAUAAUCCUCUACCUGUACUGUAUCAUUGUAAUUCGGUAUACUACUGUACUUCAUUAGGUUAUAUCACAUUAUAUAACGGGUUGGACUGUCAGUUGACAGCAAUGGUAACCAUGGAGAAUGGUCUAUAGGAGGAACACUCUCCAAGAUAAUAGCCGACAAACCAUACAUGUGGAGGUUCUUAUUCAAUUCACUUUAGCUUCAAUUAGCACUUCAACUAGAAAUAUCAUUUUCCCUUGACAGAGACAUUACAUACAUAUUACAUCAUGUUCAUUAUGUAACAUGGCAGAUGACAAUGUUCUAUGAUUAUCUCCCCAAACUGUAUAAUCCACCAGAUAACAGAAUAUACAGUAGGCUAUUUAGAUUAGAGGCCAAAAUCAUGACAACGAACAACAUAUAUUAACAAUAUAUUAAAUAAUGUAAAUGUUUCAGGCUUUUGGGUGUUGAAAUAGAAAUCUUUUUUUUGUUCCAAAAUUAAGUUUAUGAAUCCUAUUAUUAAUUAGCACUUAACUGUAUUUCUGUAAGACUAAGCACCAACAGCUUCUAAUAAACUAUAACAGAGGAAGGCUUUGGUAUUUUCCCUGUAAUGCUCCCAACAGAAGUAUUUCCUUACAUAAUCAAAGACAGAUGUCUUCUACAUGUGCUGUGAACAGCACUGUCCUCUUCCCGUUUACAAACUGUCACUCUUAAUUAAUAUCUCACAGGUGUUAUUGUUCUCACCUAGUACAGGGUGUCAUGUGACCCAGAGAAGCUGACAGGCAGGAUGAGCAGUGCUGGAGUUCAGUUUGAAGUUUUAUUUUAUAGUAAGUACAGGUGAAGAGCUGUUGCCUUACUUUAGUGCAACUUUCUGAUUAGGAACUCUUUAUAAAGUAUUUCCAAAUUGUAACUAAUAGAUUAAGGGUUGGUAAAUACUUUACUAAUGCUUCGUAGAUUCGUUAUAUAUUCAUAAGGACAACGUCUGAGUUGCUCAGUUAUGAAAGAUUCUUGAUGAUUUAUUAAGAAGUAUUUAUUUAUGUAUUACAAAUAUUAUUACCAAAUAGAUCAUUUGAGAUAAUCUAAAUUCAUCUGGCAACCAAACCACUGUUCUCAUUAUAUGUCCAUAACUGAUCUACAGUUAGUGGUAUUAGGAAUGAAAAAUACAUAAAAUAAAACAAUUAAUUAACUCUUAAUAAAGCCAUUAUUUACAAUUUACAAACCCAGUGGUACUAUUUUUUUUAAACCUUGCAGUACCGUUUUCUUACUUUAUGUACACUUUAAAUUCCUCCACGAGUUUUCAAUCAACUGGCCUCCAAAGAAUAACAUUGCUCUCGUUAACUGAAUGUACGUACAUAUAUCUUUAUUCCAACUGUAAAAAUGUUUUUGAUUUAUUCCUGUAGUCUAAGAUUUUUAAUUUCAGAUUUUGACCAAUAAAAAAUAUACUUCCGUCGCAGCAUCCAGAGGAGGGUGUGUAACAUACACAGGGCGACCAACUCAUGGUCAAAUGUCGCAUUUUAUGUGUCCCUGCAUUGCUACUGGUGUUAAUGUGUUCUAUAUUACAAUCUCACAGUUCCCACAAUUCCACUGUGGCGUUAUAAAAUUAGUUUCCAAGAGUGAAUGUGUUUAGAUCAUAUUUUCUUCAGUCAGGACACUGAACCCCAAGUUUCUCUUGAUGAGUAGACCACAGCUUGUAAAGUGUAAUUUUAAAAUACAAUAUUUUAAAUAUAUAUUUUUUUUUAAAUGGCAAUGGCCUACAUUUUUUAAGUUGAAACUUAAAAAAAAAAAAAAAUCCUGUAUUUGUCCUUGUUGUCCUUGUAACUUCUGUGAACUGCAGUUAUUAUCUAGAGACUGGUUUAAAUCCAGGAGGGUACACAUUUCAUCACAGACACUCAGUCCAACACCGCCAGCCCCACACCAUCCUUCCACUGCCAGAGACAAGAGGAAAAGAGGAAGUGGUACAGCUCAAGCAUGAGUAGGCCUUCUGUGACUCACACGCUGCCACUGACCCGUGUGGCAACCUGAUAAGCUCACAUUAUGUCUCAACUGGCCCCGUGGCAUAAUACCACGCCAGCAUGCCAGCCCAAUAGGAAGCCGCCACAUGAUGCGCGGUGAC